AUGUCGGAAUUUAAGACGAUCAGCGAUGACACAUGGCUUACCAUUAUGAGAGAGCAAAAAAGUCUGGAUGCAGACCUCAAAAUCCCAGCAAAAUCUUUUACCGAUAUAUUCACGAGGAAGAAGAGGCAGAUGGACAAAUGUGAAUGCUCACUGAGAGCCCAGAAUUGCCCACCCGGUCCACCUGGUCCUCCUGGCCAGCCAGGGGAGCGUGGUGAAGACGGCGCCAAAGGACCCGAUGGUGAUAACGGCGCUCCAGGACUUAUGCUUCUAUUCGAGUCCGAAACGAUAUCUGGUUGUAUAAAAUGCCCGCACGGACCACCAGGUAUGCCAGGGCAGCAAGGACCUCCUGGACCACCAGGAGCCCCUGGAAGUCCAGGAAUGCGCGGUCCACCUGGAGAUAGUGGAGCACCCGGAGCUGAAGGAAUGCCCGGCGAACAAGGUCCUCCAGGACACGCUGGGCACGAUGGCCCGCAGGGCCCCAGUGGCAAACCUGGAACUGUAUGCUUACUUGGGAUGCCUGGUCCGCCGGGAAUUCAAGGACCAAGAGGUGCUGUAGGCGAGCCGGGAGAGGCUGGUGCGCCAGGUGAUGACGGCGAACCUGGCCGAGACGGGCCACCUGGCCUUCCUGGAAGACCUGGACGAAAAGGACAAGACGGCAACCCAGGAAUGCCUGGAGAGGAUGGGGCUGAUGGCGAGGAUGCUAAAUAUUGUAAGUGCCCAGCAAGAGGUCAACGAGUAAUUUAG